ACUCCCAAGUUCUCCUCCCCGCCCCCACCCUCUCCUCCUCCUCCUCCUCAUCUUCCUCCUCCUCCUGUCCCUCCUCUCUUUGCAGACCGAUAGCAGCCAGGUUGGUGGGAGAGGACCAGCCUGGCCCAGUCUGACGCCGGGACCAUUCCUGGUUCUGGGCCAUGCCCAGGGACCCUCUGGCCUGAGGCACAGUUGCGCUCCUCCAGACCUGCCCUCGCACCCGCCUGCAGUCCUUAGUGAGGCCGUCCAGGCGAGCCCCGCCCAAAUGGAGGCCAAGGGGAGAGCCGCUAGCGGGCCCAAGUCCGAGUCCAAGCCCUCCCCAGCUCCCGCUGCCCCCUCAGCAAAGGCUGAGAAGAAGGAGACUCCGGAGAAGAGAGAGCAGCCAUCCACGCCUCCAGCGCCCCCCAAGAAGGCCCAGGCGCCCGCUGACCCAGCCCUGCUCAACAGCCACAGCAACCUGAAGCCCAACCCGGGAGCCGCUCCGGCCCCCAGCCCCCCUGGCGGCUCGGAGCCCAAGGGCCCCGGAGACGGCGCGGAGGAGGAGGGGGCGGCCUCCUCGGCCGGAGGCCCCGGCACCUUCGAGAACCUGAAGCCGCUGCUCCUGGCUGGCGGGGUGGCCGUGGCCGCCCUGGCAGUGAUUCUGGGGGUGGCUUUCCUGGCUCGGAAAAAAUAACGCCGCCCCUGUGGGGAAGGGGCGCGGGGGACAGCGGCCCCUGUACAGCUUUGGAAACCAGUGCAUGCCGGGGAGAUUCUCUAUUGUAACUAUACAUAUAUACGUAUUCUACACCGA